AUUGGCGGGGCUCUAUCGCGCUGUCCCUGUGCCACGAGUGCUGGACGAGGGGCUGUCACUCUCCCUUCGCCGGAGCGGCCACGUGGGCAGCAGGUCCCGGACGCACCAUGAGCGUGGGCUUCAUAGGAGCCGGGCAGCUCGCCUUCGCCCUGGCCCGGGGCUUCACCGCCGCAGGGAUUUUGGCUGCUCAUAAGAUCACAGCAAGUUCCCCAGACACUGACCUCCCAACUGUAUCUGGACUGAGGAAAAUAGGUGUAAACUUCACGAUAAGUAACAAGGAAACAGUUAAAAACAGCGAUGUCCUGUUCCUGGCUGUGAAACCUCCCAUCAUUCCCUUCAUUCUGGACGAGAUUGGCUCAGACAUAGAGAAUCGCCACAUCGUGGUCUCAUGUGCUGCUGGUGUCACUAUCAGCUCCAUUGAGAAGAAACUCUCUGCCUUCUCUCCCACCCCAAAAGUGAUCAGGUGCAUGACUAACACACCUGUGAUCGUGCGGGAAGGUGCUACCGUCUAUGCCACGGGGACUCACGCAGAGGUGGAAGAUGGGAAGCUCCUGGAACAGCUGAUGGCCAGUGUGGGCUUCUGCACUGAAGUAGAAGAGGACCUAAUAGAUGCUGUUACAGGACUCAGCGGCAGCGGCCCUGCUUAUGCAUUCACAGCCCUGGAUGCUCUGGCAGAUGGAGGUGUGAAGAUGGGGCUUCCCCGCAGGCUAGCUGUCCGACUUGGAGCCCAGGCCUUACUGGGCGCUGCCAAAAUGCUGUUGGAAUCUGAGCAGCAUCCUGGGCAGCUGAAGGACAAUGUCUGCUCACCUGGGGGAGCCACCAUCCAUGCCCUGCACUUCCUGGAGAGUGGAGGCUUUCGCUCACUGCUCAUCAAUGCCGUGGAGGCUUCCUGCAUUCGCACAAGGGAGCUGCAGCACCUAGCGGAUCAGGAGAAGGUCUCCCCAGCUGCCAUUAAGAAGACCCUUCUGGAUAAGGUGAAGCUGGAGUCUCCCUCUGUUUCCAUGGCCUCUGCCAGCAAAGUCAGUCUGUUCAGCAGCAGCUGGGCACCCAACAGCAAGAAGAACUGAAGGGAUGAGGCUCGUCCAGGGACCAGCCCCCUUGCAUGCACUUUCUUCUCACUCUGUAAAGGAAAAGCUCUAGUCGUAGGCAUUCCCAGCCCCUUGCCUGGCUCUUGGCCUGCAGCACCUUUGGGGGCGGUGCAAAGCUGUAGAGAAGGGACCUUAACUUCCAGCUGAGGGUGGGAACACUGUCACUAGCACUUCCUUCCCUUUGGGGGAGGGCGGUUGCUCCAUCACUGGCACAGCUGGUUGUCAGGGACACAAAGCGUCUCCUCUGGCCAGAGGGCUGGCUUCUCCGUAAAGCUAACUCCUUCCCCUCCCCCCCCAUUAAUAAUCUCCUGGGCCAGGGGUCCCCAACCCGGUGCCUGCGGGCGUCGUGGCGCCUAAAUGCACCCACGUACUGGCUGGCGGACGAGCAUUUCGGCGGCGACGCCUCUGGAUGACGCUGCUUGUUGGUGGCAUUUUGGCGGAUGCUCGUCCACCGCCAAGGUCCUCCGUGGCUCAUCGUCUGGCACCUGCCAGACGUAAAAGGUUGGGGAUCACUGUCCUGGGCAGUAGAUUAUUUUGAUGGGCUUAUUUUAAGGAGUAUCCUGCUGCUACUUGGCUCUGAAGGUUAGAGCGGGGUCUUGAGGCCCCCCAUGGCUCCUAUCCCCAUCUCUUUUUCUUCACCAUCCAGAGUAGAAGUCGUCCCCUCUGUGCAUCAUACUAGGGUUCGGCUCAAAGUUGUCUUCCACUGAGAGCAGCAGCUUUGCUUUCCCCUUAACCAGAAUUCACAUUUUAGUAGCUGCAUGAUGCAGAUCUCAGAGCAUGUGUCUCUCUUCCUGUGCCUGGUGUGAUUUGCAGACCAGGCCAUCCGAACAUCCCCCUUCUGAACACGCUGUUGGGGCCCCGGCCACUUCUCCUCCAUCAGCACCUUCCUGGAUGAACAGCUUAAAAAGCCUCCACUCAAGCAAGUGUUCCCUGCUGCCUGUGAACCCCAGGGUCCAGUCCCAGCCUUACCACCACUGAAUGCUUCAGUUUUCAUCCCAUGUCCGAAACGCUUUCUCCGCUCCUUAGCGUGUUCUCUACCUGCUGCCCUGGGGGCAGAGGGGAAGGGGAACCCGCAUUUAGGUCACACCUGGUUUCAGGCCCCAGCAGGAUUUGCCCAUUUCCCAGUGUCUUGUCCAGUUGUGUAUGCGAGGCUGUCAGCCCUUCCCUUGGAGCUGAUUUCACAGGAUUCCUCCAUAUGCCUGUGGUUCCUUUCUAACUUCAUCUCAUUCCCCAAUGUUUACAUCAGUCCUUGAUGGUUUCCAGCUUCACCACCCUUUGUGCUCCAGCUCAAACUGCAAACUUUCUCCACUCUGUACUGCAGCCCUUGUCAAUUCCUCUUCUGGCCCUGCUGCACUCCUUCUCUCUUUUCCUGCCCUCUCCACUUAUCUGUCACAUGCCCUCCCAUCUCCAGCUCCCUGGAAGGUGGUGCACUAAAGGGAGAGAGGAGAAAUGCCUGGGCUGGCAGACACUAGCCAUGGAGGUGGGUGUUGAACCUCUGUCCAGUUACAUUAGGAGCUACUCCAGGACCAGCAGCACAGGCAGAUGCCUAUCAAUAUUUCACUCACUGCUUUGUGGGACUUGUUUACAGCAAGGGGCUAAGCUGAUCUAUGUUUACAUAGCUUCCCUGCCCCCGCUGCUGCUCCCCGUGGAAACCCUGUCAUACACCAAAGAAUUGCAUGGGGUAGACAACCGCUCCCUACCCUCCCUUUGCUUGGGUGCAGUGGAAGCCAGCAGGCAUGGCAAUGAUAUAUUGUUCUAGACCAUUUCCUACCUCUACUCCAACAGGGUGUGGGGGAAGAGAGGCAGGAGCUGGAAGGAAAGUCUGUCUGCAGGUGCUAGCAUUGUUCUUGAUCUGUCAGCAUUCUGGCCGCUGCUGGCCCCAGAAGGGAGCUGGCAGCAGCCCUUCAUUUGCUGGGUAGUUCCCCUCCCGCCCCCCACCCCUGGCUUCUGUCUCAGAGCUCAGGUUUAUAGUCAGGUGGUGUUGGAGCCUCGUGGGCCAGGCCUCUGUGCACAGAGCCUUGGGGCUGAGCCCUCGUGCAGGUAGCAUGUAGGGUGUGUCCCCGUGGCAGCCGGGAGAGAGCCUCCCACCCCAGACAGGCAGACAUGGCUCAGCUCAGACCGACCCACCCUCCUGCAGCUGAGGGAAGGGGGCUAGUCAGCUGCUGUACACGUGUUUGUAGUGCACUCCCUCAAGCCCGACUAGCACAUCUGGCCUGGGCUGGGAGGCUCACUCCCCGCUGCAGUGGAGACACACUGUCGGUGGCACAAAGGUAAAAGCUUUCUUGCUGUCCCAGCUCCUGCUUGGCAGAGGCAGCGUGGGACAUUAUUGCUGAAUUAGACACACUUCAUCCCCCUCCCUCUUUCCAGAAUAAACAUUGCUUCUCA